AAAAACACAUACCUGGGGGAGAAGAGUAAAAAAGUAAAAACAAAUCAACCUCUUCUUCAACUCUCUCCCUGCACUGCAGCCUAAAUGUGAGAAUAAAAACAAUGUUCAACCGAACUGUGCUGGAUUAGCACCGGUUGUUCGCGCCAAAAUAAAAAAAUGAAAAUUAUAAAAAAAACUGGUUAUAAAAACCCACAAUGAUGGUCAUAACUGCAAAAUAACACACUAACAAACAACAUAUGGUAAAACAACAACAUCCGUACAGAAAACAAACAUCGCAGCAGCGAACUUUCCGCGGAUUUACCGACAGCAGCGCGGAACGACGCUGAGGGAAAAGGGGGGAAGCUAUGAGGGCUGGACCGAGUACGGAAGCCCACGAGGCACAAACGAGACAGAGUGCAGAAAGGCGACCCCCGCAGGCCAUAACAACAAAUAACAAUAAGAGAAAAUUCACAAAUUCUCAAUAUAAAAUGAAUUAGAAUUUUUUUUUAUUUAAAAAAGCACAUUUGUAACACUAACAUUAAUUUUUCACAUUAAAAUGUCACAUUUUGAAUUAACCAUCACACUGAGCUGUAAAGGAAGCAUUAGGUGUGAAUAAUGUAUUAAAUUUGAGUCUAAAAACCAACAACAGAUGUAAAAACUCAAGAGUACAGAAACCCUGAGAGCAGAUCAGCAGAUCUGAAAGGUCAUUCCGGAGAAGGUCAAAGGUUAACAGGCUCCUCCGGUGAGAUUUGCCCCAGUGAACUCAUCUGUCACUGGGAGCACUGGAGGAAAUGAACUGGUUAAUGAAAUGAAGACGUAACUGGGAUCAGCAUUUACCAGUUGGCUGCAUUUCAGGAGAUUGGAUCAAAAACUGGAGAUGACGGAGUUAAGACAAUGUUUUCCAAAAUGUCUGCCGCCAGAGGGCGCUAGAAGGAAGGUGGAAAAAAAGAGGGAAAAAAUGGCAAAAAAUAAAAAUACUAAUACAAUUUGUAAUAAUACAGUUUUAACUGUAUUUUUAUUCUAGUGUACAGUCACUAUUAAGUUAAAAUAAUUUAUAGAAAAGUUAUUUACCACACUCAAACCUAUGAUUGGACUGCUAGCAUAGUUAGCAUAGCAAGCAAGUGUGAAAUGGGCACAAGUUUACCGACAAGAAAAAGACCCGAGGAACCGUCCAGCUGCCCGCUGCAGAGGACGUUGAAUAAUAAAUAAAAGUAAGAAAAAUAUUCUAAAAGUUGAUGUUUCUUUGGAUAUUUUGUAGCAUUAUCUGCGGGUUUUCAAAGAGGGCCCCGACCCGAAGCUAAUGCUAUUUGGUGGUCAUGGCGUGGAAAAAUAUGGGAACCUCAAGAAUCUAAAGCCUUAAUAAACUUUAGAGUUUUUAUCUUCCUUCCAUUUCGUAAUUUAUAACGAUACAUUAGCCGGAUAUAUGACUCCAAGCAGAAAAGAAAACACCUUUUUGACCUUUGACCGGGUUUUACGCAGGUGGGAGAGCCGUAAAGAUGAGCAGAAGGACAGAUAGUUUCCAAGAAGCGACAUGCAUUCCAGCAGGCUGCGCUUUGCAGCCCUCUUAUUUUUACCCCUGGUUGCCUGCAGCAGAGGAGGAAUCAUCAGAAAUCAUGAGGAGCUUUAUUCUGCAUUUCCAGAGGACGGACUUCCUCUGAAAAUGGACCAGGCUCUGCUCACGUUUCACAACAAGCUGACAGAACCGGUCCGGGUUUUCUACACCUCAGAUUACUGCUACAAGUGUGUGAAGCAGCAGCUGGUCACUGUGAAGCCCAACAACAACAAUGCGUCUGCAGUAAUCAGCACUAAAUUCGCCCUGACGCUGCAGGUUGAGCCGCAGACCAGGAACUCAACGCUCUGCAGAUGGAGUCGAGCGUAUAAGGAAGGAGGCCAUUACUCUGUUUGGAUGCAGACGCCCGCGGCCUCCACCGACCCGAUCUGCAGCGUCUCGGUGGACAAGAGUCCAAACAAUGCUUACCUGCCUCUCCUGGUGGCGGCUCUGCUGCUGGCUGCCAUUGUGAUGUCAUCGGCUGCGGGGCGUCGCAUCUACAGGAGGCGUUGCACGUCUACAUGCCUUAAGGUCGUCUGCUGCCAAGACGCUCUGCGCUCCGUGGAUAAUGAGGCUGCUGAGGCUGCGCAUGAUGGCGGUGAAGCCAAGCCGUCGCGUCUGCUCUCCUUGGAUGCUUUCCGAGGGUUCGCCCUGACAGUGAUGGUGUUUGUGAACUACGGCGGAGGCGGCUACUGGUUCUUCCAACACGCUCCCUGGAACGGUCUAACGGUGGCUGAUCUGGUCAUGCCCUGGUUUGUGUUUAUAAUUGGGACUUCGGUGGUUUUGGCCUUCAGCUCCAUGCAGAGGAGAGGAGUCGGCCGCCUGCAGCUGCUGAGAAAGAUCACCUGGAGGACAGUUGUGCUGCUGAUAAUCGGCUUCUGCUUUCUCAACUAUUCUCCCCGAGAUGGGCCGCUGUCCUGGUCGUGGCUCAGGAUCCCCGGAGUGCUGCAGCGUCUGGGCUUCACCUACUUUGUUCUGUCUCUCCUGCAGACUUUCUGGGGCCAGAAUCAAAUCCCAGAGCGAGCGGUGAGCAAUUCAUGUCAACUUCCCUUUUGUCAGUCGCUCAACAGAAACGGACAUUAAAAGGCUGCAGUCUGAGGCAGCGCAUCCAAACACAGCUAAAUAAUGUGAAGCCUUGCUGAGGGGGCAUGGCACAAACUGUCUUUCACCAUCUAGCUUUAGCAUGUUAGCAUGCUAAGUAGCUCACAAUGGGUUUUUAUUUGUUCCUGAGUAACAGAAACAAUCAGAGGUUUUAGUUUAGCUAAAUGCCAAUGCUGUUAGCAUGUUUUCAGAUAGCAUCUUUAAACAUGCUAGCAUCAGAGCAUGUUAGCAUCAGAACGUAGCAGCAUCAGAACGUAGCAGCAUCAGAACAUGUUGGCAUCAGAACAUGUUGGCAUCAGAACAUGCUAGCAUCAGAACAUGCUAGCAUCAGAACAUGCUAGCAUCAGAACAUGCUAGCAUCAGAACAUGCUAGCAUCAGAACAUGCUAGCAUCAGAACAUGUUAGCAUCAGAACAUGCUAGCAUCAGAACAUGUUAGCAUUAGAACAUGCUAGCAUCACUGAAAAGCAACAUCAGUGGAGGAAAGAUGUUUACUCCACUUAGUGAGUGGGCAUCCAUCCAUCAUCCAUCCAUCUGUUUAUCCAUCCAUCCAUCCAUCCAUCCGUUUAUCGUCCAGC